AUGGUUCAAUCAUACGUGCUAGGUUUCCCAAGAAUUGGGCCAAACAGAGAAUUGAAGAAGGCCACUGAGGGCUACUGGAACGGUAAGGUUUCUGCUGAGCAAUUGCAACAAGUUGGUAAGGAUAUCAGAGCUGCCAACUGGAAGUUGCAAAAGGAAGCCGGUGUCGAUGUGAUUGCAUCCAACGACUUUUCUUUCUACGACCAAGUUCUAGAUGUGUCUCUACUCUUCAACGUUGUUCCACAACGUUACGCCAAGUACGAAUUGUCUCCAUUGGACACGUACUUUGCCAUGGCCAGAGGUUUGCAAAGAAAGGCUACUGAGACUGCUGCUGCUGUUGAUGUGCCAGCCUUGGAAAUGGUGAAAUGGUUCGACUCGAACUACCACUACGUCAGACCAACUUUCUCCAACUCUACCGAGUUCAAGUUGAGCGGCCAAAAGCCAGUGGAUGAAUACUUGGAAGCCAAGGCUUUGGGUGUCGAGACCAGACCAGUUCUUGUUGGUCCAGUCUCCUUCUUGCACUUGGGUAAGAGCGACAAGGACUCCUUGGACUUGAAGCCAAUCUCCUUGCUAGACAAGAUUUUGCCAUUGUACGCUGAAAUCUUGAAGAAGUUGGCCGACGCUGGUGCCAAGUCUGUCCAAUUGGACGAACCAACUUUGGUGUUGGACUUGCCAGCUGAAGUGCAAGCCGCUUUCAAGAAGGCUUACGAAUACUUGGGUGCCCAACCAGGUUUGCCAGAAAUCACUUUGGCCACCUACUUCGGUACCGUCGUUCCAAACUUGUCCGCUAUCAAGGACUUGCCAGUCGCUGGUUUCCACUUCGACUUUGUCAGAAACCCAGAACAAUUGGACGAUGUCGUGUCCAUCUUGAACGACAAGCAAACUUUGUCCGUUGGUAUCGUGGACGGUAGAAACAUCUGGAAGAACAACUUGACCAAGUCCGCUCAAUUCGUCGAAUCCGCUAUUGCCAAGUUGUCCGGUGACCGUGUUCUAGUCGCUACCUCUUCUUCCUUGUUGCACACCCCUGUAGACUUGGAAAACGAAACCAAGUUGAACCCAGAGAUCAAGGACUGGUUCGCUUUCGCUACCCAAAAGGUUAAGGAAGUCGUCAACAUCGCCAAGAAGUUGAACGGUGAAGAUGUCACCGCGGAAUUCGAGGCUAACGCCAAGUCCUUGAACAACAGAGCCACCUCUUCCAUCACUAACAACGCUGAUGUUAAGGCUAGAGUCGCCUCCAUUAACGAAGACAUGGGUAAGAGAGCUGCUCCAUUCGUCGAAAGAAUUAAGGAACAACAACCAAUCUUGAAGUUGCCAUUGUUCCCAACUACUACCAUCGGUUCUUUCCCUCAAACCAAGGACAUCAGAAUCAACAGAAACAAGUUCAACAAGGGUACCAUCACUCGUGAAGAAUACGAAAAGUUCAUCAAUGAAGAAAUCGAAAGAGUCAUCAGAUUCCAAGAAGAAGUCGGUUUGGACGUCUUGGUCCACGGUGAACCAGAAAGAAACGAUAUGGUUCAAUUCUUCGGUGAACAAUUGGAAGGUUACGCUUUCACUGUCAACGGUUGGGUCCAAUCUUACGGUUCCCGUUACGUUAGACCACCAAUCAUCGUCGGUGACUUGUCCAGACCAAAGCCAAUGUCCGUUAAGGAAGUUGUUUACGCCCAAUCUAUUACUCAAAAGCCAGUUAAGGGUAUGUUGACCGGUCCAAUCACUUGUUUGAGAUGGUCUUUCCCAAGAGACGAUGUCGACCAAAAGACCCAAGCCUACCAAUUGGCUUUGGCUAUCAGAGACGAAGUCGCUGACUUAGAAGCUGCCGGUAUUAAGGUCAUCCAAGUCGAUGAACCAGCCGUCAGAGAAGGUUUGCCAUUGAGAGCUGGUGAAGAAAGAACCCAAUACUACCAAUGGUCCGCUGAAUCCUUCAGAGUCGCUACCUCCGUUGUCCAAAACAAGACUCAAAUCCACUCUCACUUCUGUUACUCUGACUUGGAUCCAAACCAUAUCAAGGCCUUGGACGCUGAUGUUGUUUCCAUCGAAUUCUCCAAGAAGGACGAUCCAAACUACAUCUUGCAAUUCGCUAACUAUCCAAACCACUCCGGUCUUGGUUUGUUCGAUAUCCACUCUCCAAGAGUCCCAUCUAAGGAAGAAUUCAUCCAAAAGAUGGCUGAAUUCUUGAAGUACUACCCUGCUGAAAAAUUCUGGGUCAACCCAGACUGUGGUUUGAAGACCAGAGGUUGGGAAGAAACCAAACAAUCUUUGACCAACAUGGUUGCUGCUGCUAAGCACUUCCGUGAAAUCUACGCAAAGAAAUAA